CUCUUCCCCGCUGCCCUGCUUCCCUUUUCUUUUCUUCUUCGACCGACACUACUCCAUCGCUCACCGCCGCGCCUCUCUCUCAGUCCAUAUCGCCGCCAUUACUCGCUCGCGCACCCUCGCGGCCAAGCAGUGCCGCUCGUCUCUCUCCGCCGCUACCCACCUCGCGCCGCAUUCUCUCUCUCUCUCCCCCUCACUGCUGUCCGCCCCACCUCGCGAGCCCACAGCUGCACGACUGCCAUCACCAGUUGCCCGCGCACGCAGCCGACAGCCAAACACUGCCGCACUUCUCUUCCUACCGUGUGGUCCGCGCUCACCACCAGCAGCUCCCAACUCCUCCACAGUCGCGGCCACACUCGCCUCGGUAAUACCGACACCGCUACCACUCUCCAUCCAUCUCCCUCUCUCGAUCUCACUACCCACAACUAGCUCCGCCUCGCCGUCGCUGCCCGCCGCUCACCCAAGGCGGACGCUGUCUCUCUCUCUCCUUGUCGCAAUCUCCACUACAGCCGCAAGCCACCACUCUCUUCCAAAGCUCGCGCGCCACCAGUAGUCCACUCCGUCGCGCGACAACAGAGACGCCACUUCUCCCUCCCCCUCGCGCGCUACCAGCAGCAGCCUCAGCUUCACUGCCAGCCGCGCGCGUCACUGGCUCGCCCAAGCGUAGCCCACAGCUGCUUCCUGGGAUUUCUCCACGAAGCACGCCGCUCCGCCAUCGCCGCCGCCUCCAAGCUCCAAACUCCACCUUACGGACCACCACCAGCUCUCCUUCGCAUGCUGGCAGCCGCUGCUGCUGUCCGCCAUCUCCUUGCCACGCAUCGUCACCUGUCAAUUUGGUAUUAACUUUCUACCCUUGUUUUAACAUUUUCCCUGAACCUUCAAGUGCUGGGUUUUGUGCCUUUUCGUAGGUUUCUUGAUGGAUAUAGCAGGAGGUGAUUUGGGCACUUUCUGAGUUAAUUUGGGUGUUUGCUGAUUGUACAGGAGUUUAUUACGCUUUUGGAUAGAUUUGUGAUAAAUUGCAAUAAUCUGUUGUUCUGUUUGGGGCUGUGUUCUGGUAUUGUGUGUGGCUACGGUGCCAAUUGAUUUGUUGAUGUGAGGAUAGGUACAUUUAGUUGAAUUGUUUGGCUGAAUUGAUUUUUCGUCUUUUGACUAUAGUUGUUGCUUAUAUUUAGAGAUGCUUGCUUGUUUGAAAGUUCAAGUUCUUGUGAUUAAGUUGUUGCUCAAAUUCUGAUUUGCUGUUGUUAGAACUUUUGGUUGGGUGAGUGUGCAAUUAACUGUCCAAUUGACGGCAGUUGUUGAUAUUUUGGGUGGUAGUGUUUCUAAUUGCUGAAAUUUGGUGAUCGGUUUAAACACUAGCACUACUUAUAACUGUUGUACUCUUUGGACUUGAUUUCUGGUAUUGCUAAUUUCUGCUAUAGUGCUGGUUGGUUUCUCUAGAGGUCUUUCAGUUCAUAUCUUUUGCGCAUUCUAUUUCUGGUUGAUUAAGUGACCUCUUAGUACCCAUGGUGCGACCCAGAUCCUCCUCUAGGUCUAGGACUCCUAGAACCUCACAGCCCCCUCCACCUCAGCACUCAAUUCCCGCCUUUGACCCCUUGUACGACCCAGAGGAUGAGGGCUCGCCUGGAGAGGCAAAGAGGCGUUCAUAUUUCUGACCCUGCACAUUUUGGGGGUAAUUUGAACUUUACUCGGGCCGCCGACAAGCAGCGAUAUGCUACUUGUUGUGAACGGAGGAUCACUCCCUACCGUUAUCGGAACGCCGCCACCUUGGACCUUUUGAAUAUUAGAGUUGACUUUGAUCGCUUGAUCCGGGCCAUUGGGUGGCGUCCCUACACUUAUAUUGUUGACCGUCCAGCUUUUGUCGAGUUGGUUAGGGAGUUCUAUGCCAUAUUCGAGUUCGACCUCCCCACGGGUUACACAGUUUCUACUCCUAAUGUCAUCCGUUUUAGAUUAAUGGGCCAAGAGUUCCACCAUUCCAUUACUGAUUUCAAUCUAGCACUUGGUUUUAUUGAUCAGGCUUAUGUCGAGUCACGUGAGUAUACCGAGAGUGCUUAUGACUAUGUACAGCCCUUUUUCUCCCACUAUCGGCAUAUUUGGGAGGAGAUGUCCAUGGAUCGUAAUAAUUAUGACCCUCGUCUAUCUAAGGGUUCUUAUCUGAAAGACCCGGCGUCUCGCUAUAUCCACCGUUUCUUGGCCUAUAGUUUCUCGGGUAGGCGAGAUAGCUCGGGCAUUUUGUCUAAGUCAAAAUUUUUCUUUAUUUGGUGCAUGCAUAAUAACAUUAAGGUUAAUCUUGGGUGCUGGCUCACUUCUCAGUUCAAAUCUAUUUUGCCUAAGAAGAAGCGCCCCUUGAUUCUUGGGUCAUACACUACUCAUUUGGCUGUUAAUUUGCAUGUGCUUGAUCUUUCUAACCAUGAUUUACAUGUUGCCUGUCAAAUGGAGCCCUUGGACAUUCUUUAUUUAGAGAAAAUAGGCUUGGUUCGGGAGGGCAACGACGGAUGGGAGGUUGGAGCCAGUCGUCGGCCCCCCCUCGGUCAUCUUUUGCCCGCGCCUCCACUGAUGGCGGUGAUCCCGGCCCCUCUACUUCCGCUCCGCCUCCUCCCACCCCAGGGGCUGACGACUGGCUCCAACUCCGGAACACGAUUGAGAGAUUGGAGACUCGAGUGACUCACAUUGGCAUCAACUUGCAUAACAUGGCGCAGAAUUUGGCAGUAUUUGUCCACCAUGCGGGUCUCGCUCCUCAGUUCCCGCCCGACCCACCCCUGUUUUGACGACUUCAGGGAAGUUCCGUUGCCCUUAUCCUGCCUUUUGCUGUUACAUUUUCACAUUGAGGGCAAUGUGUGCCUUAGGUGUAGGGGAGUCAGUUUGGAUGCUAGUAUUUCCAGUUUCCGGUUUUUGGGUGUUUUUCCUUUGUUUUUAGUUUACGUGUUUUUUUCCUGUGUGACCUAGGUGUGGGGGGGAUUUGGAUUUGACUAGUGAAUUUCUUCAAUUUUCUGCCUUUUUUUAAUUUUCUGCCUGGCUUGCUGCUGUCUUGAUGAAUAUUUUGACAACUCACUCUUCUAUUGCUGGUUGUAGUUUACUCUAUGAAUUUAGUUUCGGUGGCGAGUAAGAGCAUGUUGUCCUGGUGAAUAUUUUGAGGUUAAUGACUUGGUGCAAUUUGUGGCUAACUUGUUUAGGCAAUGUAAAUAUUUUACUGGCAUUGUUGUGUGGAUUGGCCCCCUGUUGACCUUAGUUCUCCAUGUUUAGGAGAUGACAUGGGCCAUGAUAUUGUAUGGUAUUUUGGUAUUUUAGUGUGAAUAACAUAUGACUAUAUUCCGCUAGUGUCGUCACCCAGUAACCAGGAGUCUUCACCACAAGUGUUGAUUCUCGCAUAUAAAAGUGGCGAUAUCUAUGAGUAAGUAGUCCCGGAGCUGUGGAAAGUUGAGUAACUGGGCUCUUUCAUUUAAAAAUGUCAGAGUUCACGUCAAAAGACUUGAAUGGCUUGGGACUAAGCAUUUAUUCGUUCGAAAAAAAAGAAAGAGAAAAGAAAAAAAAAGAGGGAAAAAGGAAAAAAGAACAGAUGAGGAAAAUAUGUAAGUCUAUGAUCAUGUUGGCCCGCCGAUCCUUGGUUUUCAAUGUUGAGAUUUUGGUUGCCAGUUGACUUAAUUGCCGACUGUUGCUAGUUUAAUAUUUUGAUUUCCUAGGCGAGUUAGCCAUGAAUUGGACGAGUCUGUGAUCUUAGGAGCUAACCGGGAGAGAAAUGUCUCGACACUUAGCCACUAAAUCUUGAUUUUGGUAUAAGCACAGCUUGGCAAUAGAUGACGUGAGAGCUGACCAUGGUUGAGUUUAGUUGUCCCCAUGCUUGAGGGCAAGUAUGAUUCAGACUCAACUUCAGGGAUUGGAGCAGAAAACUACAAAAAAGGAGGGACUUGCUCCAUAAGUGGGAGACUUCAAAAAAGAAAAAAAGCUCCAUGGACCUGGCCCACAAAGAGAGGAAGAAAUGGAUUUCCUUUUGCUCUUGGCCGAGAGUCCUACUAGCAAGAGGAAACAAGAGAAAAUUGGGGGAGCCUCACUUUUAGACUUUUGCUCUCAAAUUCGGCAGGGCCCAUCUUUUGUACUUAGCUUUCUCAAUUCGGUGGGGGACCACGGACGAGUGGAGCAUUAGUCACUUUUGGCUUUUAAGGACAAGCGUACAGAGGCUUGGGAGCUUAGUUCUUUUUAGCAUAGUUUUUAGUUUUCUUUCUGUCCUUGUCAGGCGCAUGCCUACUGUUCGACAAUAUUCCUCAACGGGAAAAACAUCUUUUAUUUCUCGCUUCCUAGUGAAAACUUGAUGCAUUUGCAAUCAAUUAAUUUGCGUAGAGAUUUAAUUA